ACAUAUUGUCGAUGGUCAAGUGUCAAGCGCAUGUCAAGCGAGUCAAGGAAAGGUCACCUUGAUAAAGUUCACCUUCCCGGCGUUCAAAUAACUUAAAGUGUUUGGGUGUUUUCAAAUUGAAGAAAAAUGGAUGUGUCAGGUACACAACGGUUUAUAGAGCGAGGCUCGCAUAAAGGCAAAGGCCUAGCAGUGUUCACAAGCGGUGGUGACUCUCAGGGUAUGAAUGCUGCUGUGCGAUCAGUAGUUCGGAUGGGAAUCUACUUGGGAUGUAAAGUUUAUUUUAUCAGAGAAGGAUACCAGGGUAUGGUUGAUGGUGGAGACAAUAUUGAAGAAGCCAACUGGUCAUCCGUAAGCUCGAUUAUUCACAAAGGUGGUACAAUCAUAGGAUCAGCUAGAUGUAUGGAUUUUAUCAAGCGAGAAGGUCGCCUGAAAGCUGCGUAUAACCUAGUUAAUCGAGGUAUUACUAAUUUGGUAGUAAUUGGUGGUGACGGUUCACUCACUGGAGCCAAUCUCUUCCGCCAAGAGUGGUCUAGCUUGCUUGAUGAAUUGUUAGAGAACAAUAAAAUUACAAAGGACCAGAGAGAAAAAUACAAAUACUUGCACAUUGCUGGAAUGGUAGGUUCCAUUGACAAUGAUUUCUGCGGUACAGACAUGACCAUUGGUACAGAUUCAGCUUUGCACCGCAUCAUAGAAGCCAUUGAUGCUAUUGUCAGUACAGCAUAUUCUCAUCAAAGGACAUUUAUUAUGGAGGUUAUGGGCAGACAUUGUGGAUAUCUUGCUACGGUCACAGCCUUGUCAUCUGAAGCAGAUUUUGUCUUUAUCCCAGAGUCACCACCGUCAGUGGACUGGCCAGAUAAACUAUGUGAUAAGUUAGAACAGGAGCGCAAGUCGGGCCAGCGGCUGAACAUCAUCAUCGUAGCGGAAGGGGCCAUCGACCGCGAAGGCAAGCCGAUCACCGCGGAGCUGGUGAAGAAGGUGGUGGUGGAUAACCUGAAGCAGGAUACACGUAUCACUGUACUCGGUCACGUGCAGCGCGGAGGAUCCCCGUCUGCUUUCGACAGAAUUCUGGGUUGCCGCAUGGGCGCCGAGGCUGUAAUGGCUCUAAUGGAAGCGACUCCUGAAACCGAGGCAUGUGUGGUGACCCUAGACGGCAACCAAGCUGUGCGGCUACCUCUUAUGGAAUGCGUGCGGCGUACUAAGGCUGUUGCUCAGGCUAUGGCUGACAAGAACUGGGAUCUAGCUGUGCAGAUGCGCGGGCGCAGCUUUGCACGUAACUUGGAGACUUACAAGAUGUUGACUCGUCUGAAGCCACCUAAGGAAGCCUUCGAUGAGAUGGGCAAACCCUCGGAAGGUCUGACGCUAGCGGUGAUGCACGUGGGCGCGCCCGCGUGCGGCAUGAACGCGGCCGUGCGCUCGUUCGCGCGUAACUGCAUCUACCGCGGCGACACCGUGCUGGGCAUCCACGACGGCAUGGAGGGCUUCAUCAGCGGGAACAUUGUCAAGAUGGAGUGGUCCGAUGUGACAGGCUGGGUGGGUCAAGGUGGAGCGUUCUUAGGAACAAAGCGCACCCUUCCGGGAGACAAGAAGGCGGAGAUAGCUGCCCGCAUCAAGGAGUUCAACAUACAAGGCUUACUUAUCAUCGGUGGAUUUGAGGCAUAUCAAGCUGGUUUGGAGAUGUACGAAUCCCGCUCUCAGUACCCCGAGUUCUGUAUGCCGCUAGUGGUAGUGCCCGCCACCAUCAGCAACAACGUGCCCGGAACAGACUUCUCUCUCGGCUCAGACACCGCACUCAACGAGAUCACCGAGAUCUGCGACCGCAUCCGGCAGUCGGCUCAGGGCACUAAACGCCGAGUAUUCGUUGUGGAGACUAUGGGAGGCUAUUGCGGAUACCUCGCCACUUUAGCAGGUUUGGCGGGCGGUGCGGACGCUGCAUAUAUUUACGAGGAAAAGUUCUCCAUUAAAGACUUACAGCAAGACGUUUAUCACAUCGCGUCCAAGAUGACUGGCGGCAUCCAGCGCGGUCUGAUUCUACGCAAUGAGAAGGCCAAUGAGAAUUACAACACCGAUUUCAUUUAUCGGCUUUACUCUGAAGAGGGCAAAGGAUUAUUUACAGCGAGAAUGAAUGUACUGGGUCACAUGCAACAAGGUGGCUCACCGACCCCCUUCGACCGCAACAUGGGGACCAAAAUGGCCGCCAAGUGCCUGCACUGGCUCGUCGAGACUAUUCAAAAGGGGCCGGCGCGCGGCGCCGACUCCGCCUGCCUGCUGGGCGUUGUCAAGCGACAGUAUAAGUUUACACCUCUUGAAGAAUUGAAGGCCCAGACCAACUUUGCGCAAAGAAUAGCCAAGCAACAAUGGUGGAUGAAACUGCGGCCGUUGUUGCGUAUUUUGGCCAAACACGAUUCCACCUACGAGGAAGAGGGCAUGUACAUGACAGUCGAACAAGGAGAGAUAGACUCCGAACAUGUUAUUUAAACCAAU